AUGACAUUUGCGGCCCAAUGAAUGACAUCACUUCGGGAAUCGCCAUCUUUAUCACUGUCUUUCAUCCUUGAGUCAUUUUAGCUUAGCCAAGAGUAAGAUAUGUUUCGAUCAACAGCGCCGUUUGACAAAGCCUUAGACAAGGCCACAAGUCAGCUACUGCUGGAACCAGACUGGGAUGCCAUCCUGCAAAUUUGUGAUUUAAUUCGUCAAAAUGACAUACAACCAAAGGAAGCAAUACUGCGAAUGAAGAAAAAAGUUCAAGCAGAAAACCCUCAUGUGGCCAUGUUUGCACUUCAGACCUUGGAAUCAGUGGUGAAGAACUGUGGAGAUACAAUACAUAAGGAAGUAGCCACAAAGGAGUUCAUGGAAUUCAUGAAGGAUGAAGCUAAGAAGAGACCAGAUCCAGUCAAGGGCAAAGUGUUAGAGUUGGUUCAAGUCUGGUCCCAUGCAUUCCGCAAUGAUCCAACUCUAAAAGCAGUGCAGGAUACUUACCACUUGAUGAAAAUGGAAGGCUACAAGUUCCCUACUUUAAAGGAAUCUGAUGCCAUGUUUGUAUCAGAGAAGGCUCCUGAGUGGAAGGAUGGAGAAGUUUGCUUCAAGUGCAGAGUCACAUUUAACACUUUUAAUAGAAAGCAUCAUUGUAGAAACUGUGGUCAAGUGUUCUGUGGCAAAUGUUCAUCUAAAAAUUCCAUAAUUCCCAAAUUUGGGAUUGAAAAAGAAGUUCGUGUGUGUGAUACAUGCCAUGAGCAGCUGGGCAAGCCUUCAUCUGUUAAGAAGAGUGAUGAUGAAGGUUCUCUCCCAUCGGAGUACCUCUCCAGUCCUCUAUCCAAACAAUCUCAGGCACCACCAGCCAAGUCAGAGCAGGAGUUGCAGGAAGAGGAGGAAUUGCAGCUUGCCAUUGCCUUGUCCAAGAGUGAAGCAGAGAAUAAGGAGAGACAGCGAGACCAACUGAGAAAAUCUUAUGGCUAUUCCGACAGUUCUUCCUCAGGCACUGGUGCUUCAAACGCCUCUUACCAACAGCCUGUUACUGUGUCGGCUCCAGUGUUUGAUGCUGGUGAGAUGGACCCUGAACUGGCCAGGUAUCUGAACAGAAACUACUGGGAAAAGAGACAGGAAAGCAGUAGUCAGCAGGGUGGUGCUUCCUCAGCGGCCAGUGGGACAGGUGCUUCCACAGCCCAGCCCAGUGCUCCUGCCCCAGCCGCUGAACCCAAGGUGUCCAACAUAGCCAAGGUGCAGGAGCAAUACCAGAAUGGAGAGACAAAUGACGAGGACCAGUUCCUGAAUGCCCUGAGAAGCAGUAUUGAGAUCUUUGUGAAUCGUAUGAAGAGUGACUCCAUGCGUGGCCGUAACAUAGCCAAUGACUCUGCUGUCCAGACACUGUUCAUGACCAUCAAUGCCAUGCACCCUGAGCUGAUGAAGCACAUGAGUCAACAAGAGGAUCUGAGAGCCCAUUAUGAGGCUCUUCAAGACAAGCUGACUCAGUUGAAAGAAGCAAGAGAUGCACUGGAUGCUCUGCGUGAGGACCACAAGGAGAAGAUGAGAAGAGAGGCAGAAGAGAGGGAAAGACAAAGACAGAUCCAGAUGCAACAGAAAUUAGAGAUUAUGAGACAAAAGAAACAUGAAUAUCUCGAGUAUCAGCGCCAGCUGGCAGUGCAGCGUAUGCAGGAACAGGAUAGACUGAUGAACAUGAGACUUGCUCAGCAGAAACAGAUGGUACAGAUGAGGGAAAUGCAAUAUGGGCAGUUUGGACAGUAUAAUCAGCCCUAUGCACAACAAGUUCCCCAGGGCUAUCCUAGCAGUGGUUCAGCAGAGGGCUCCCCAGUCCACAUGAUGCACCACCAGCAGCAGCAGCCUGGUGCCUAUGGUCAGCCCCCACCCCCACAACACAUGGGUCCUGGGCCAGCACCUGGCAUGGUGGGACAACCACCACACAUGGGGCCUCCCGGGGGUCCUGGGGGACCUGGAGGACAAGGACCCCAACCUCCCAUGGGACCUCAAGGACCUAUGGGAUCACAAGGUGCUCCUCCAGGCCAGCCCCCCAUGGCUAACCAGCCCUACAACCCAGUCAGUUCCCAGCAGAUGUACACACCCCAGGGCCAGGGACUACAAGGUUACCAGGCCCAGGCUGGAAUGCCACCUGCUCAGACUGCACCAGCACCCUACCAGCAGGGUCCACCCCCACAGGGGCCCCCAUCAGGAUCUUACCAGCCACCACCCACUGUGGGCCAGCAGCAGCCUAUGUAUACUGGCCAGCCUCCACAGUCUGUGGGUGGAGGGGCUGUGAGUGGGGGGCAUGGUGCCCCCAGUCCAGUUCCCCAGGGAUAUGGGCAUCCUGGAGGGCCAGAGUACAACUCUUAUAACAUGCAAAGUAUGGCCAAUGCUUUGCCAGGCAACAACCAGGGCCAGCCCCAGGGUUACAUGCCAGCCAUGGGACAGUAUCAGCAACCUCCACAACAACAUUACCAACAAGGUGGACCUCCUCCUCAGCAACAACCACCACAACAACAGCCACAACCAAGAGAGGCAGAACUGAUUUCAUUUGAUUAGACAUAGAUAAAUAUAAUAUAAUAUACUUGAUGUUGUGAGACUUUAGUGAAGGGUUGCUUUUGAUGGUCCACAUCGUAUGUGCAAGUUAACUGGUUUAUAUAAUAGUAUGUGGAACACUGUUAUUAUGGAAAAUAAUGUAUGUUUAUAGAUUAUAAUUGGCACACUCCAAUAAAAAGUAAAAUGAAGAUUAUGAAUUAACAUUAGCAAGGUAAUAUUAUAUAUGUUGGGUGUAUUCUUUCUGAGAAGUAAGAUUUAUAUUGCACUUUAUAUGCCAGAUUGAGCACAGACAUUGUGAAAAAAGGAUGGCUGGUGGGAAUUGUUUAAUGGAAUCUUUAUAUUCUUGUGCUUUAAAAGAAACUUACCUGUCAGAUUUCUAUGAUUUGUGAAAAUGUGGUUUUGGAUUUUGCUUUUUUUCUUGGUCAGACAAAAUUUUAAUAUUUGAUUAAAAUGAAAUGAAAGUUUUGGGUCUGUAUUUUAAUGUGGCAGAUUUUUGUAUGUAUGAAUGUAUUCAUCAAGCUGGGCUCUGUUUAACAUAAUCACUCCAGUGUUUUGAUUCAGUUAAUAUUUAAAUUUGUUACUACUUUGCUUAGUCAAAUUCCAAAUAUUGGUACAUCAGCUUUUCACAAAUGAUAGCCCACUAAUAAUUCAAGGUGGCACAUCAUAAUACUACUGUGACCAGUGUGAGUAAAAUGAGUGUCAGCAUUAUUCAAAUUUAAUCUCUAAACCACUCUUUAACACUGAAAAAGAUGAGAUAAGCUUAAUUUUAGAUGUUAUAAAAUGUUAUGGUUAUUAGGUAAUACUAAUAUGCAGCAGAAUCAUGGACAAACAGGACCCUGCUCAACUGAUUUUGUUGUACAAGUUGCAAAAUGUACACCAUACAAAAUGCCUAUGAAUAAACAUUACAAAAGUAA